AUGGCGCCCUCCUUUGCAUCUUCACUGAAAGACCCCAGUCUCUUCGUUGAGAAAUCCUACAUCAACGGACAAUGGGUGUCCUCAGUAUCGAACAAGACCUUUCAAGUCCUCAACCCCGCAACAGAAGAGCCCAUUGGCACCUGUCCCGAGUCCACCACAGAUGACUUGAACAAGGCUAUUGAGGCAGCUGCAAAGGCUUUCCCCUCAUGGAGCAAGGGAAUCUCCGGCAGACAGCGUGGUCGCAUCAUCAAGCGCAUCUUCGAGCUCUUGGUUGAGAACAAAGAGGAUCUCGGCAAGAUCAACACAGCCGAGAACGGAAAGGCCAAAGGCGAUGCCGAGGGUGAAUCUCUGUUCGCCGCCAGCUUCUUUGAGUGGUUCAGCGAAGAGGCCCCUCGGGUCUACGGAGACAUCAUCCCCCACAGCAACCCGACGUACAGGACCCGCGUUAUCAAGGAGCCUGUUGGUGUGUGUGGGUUGAUCGUUCCGUGGAACUUCCCCCUGGCCAUGGGCGCUCGGAAGGUCGCAGCCGCCCUUGCAGCCGGAUGCACCGUUGUAAUGAAAUCCGACGGUCUUACACCAUUCUCGUCGAACGCCCUGGCAGUCUUAGCAGAGCGCGCCGGGGUUCCUCCCGGAGUUCUCAACGUCGUGACUGCUUUGGAGAACACGCCCCAGCUCGGUCUGGCUCUAUGCGAGUCUGACACCGUGAAGAAGAUCUCCUUCACGGGUUCAACGAGAGUCGGCAAGUUGCUGAUGAAGCAGUCGAGCGAUACGCUCAAGAAGCUGAGCUUGGAGUUGGGUGGUAACGCGCCUUUUAUUGUCUUUGACGAUGCAGACCUGGAGGUGGCUAUCUCAAGUGUUCUCAUUUCUAAGUUCAAGGUGACUGGCCAGACAUGCGUAUGUGCCAACCGCAUCUUCGUUCAAGAGGGCAUCUACGAGAAGUUUGCCCAGAGGCUAGUGGAGGAAGUCAGCAAGUUCAAGGUCGGGCAAGGCACAGAUGCCUCGGUGACCCAUGGACCCUUGACGAACGGUGUCUCCAAGGUAGAGGAGCACAUCAAGGAUGCCGUCAGCAAAAACGCCAAGAUUCUUGUGGGUGGAAAGAAGCUCCCUGCCGUAGGGAAGAACUUCCAUGAGCUCACUGUUCUUGGCGACGUGACCGACUCUAUGAAGGUCACGCAAGAAGAAACAUUUGGCCCGCUUGCGGCGUUGACGAAGUUUAAAACAGAGAAGGAGGUGAUCGGGAGGGCCAACAAGUCCGAGGUCGGCCUGGCGUCUUAUCUUAUCACCAAUGACCUCGGAAGAUCCCACCGUGUAUCAGAACAGCUGGAGUUUGGCAUGGUCGCCAUCAACACUGGUGUCAUUUCCGAUGCCUCAGCACCAUUCGGCGGCGUGAAGCAUUCCGGCAUGGGCCGUGAAGGUAGCAAGUACGGCGUGGACGAUUACUUGACGAUCAAGAUGAUUGUUACUGGAGGCAUCUCACCUAAUCUGUAA